AUGACACGUGCACAGUUGGCGGAUAUGAUGGGGCAGUUGACUGGUUCUAGACCUCAGGGUGACCGGAGUGGCAGUCGCGUUGCUUUGUCAUUCAUUAGAGAUCAGAUGGCGGAUUUGCACCCAGAUAUUACCCACGAGACGGAGCAUCUUUGGAUUCAGAGGUACACUCGGUUGGCGUUGCUCCUACUUUUCGGGUGUGUCUUGUUCCCGGACACUUCGGGGAGUAAAGUGAGUAUGCGCUUUCUCCAUUGUCUUGAGCAGCUGGAUGAGCUACCCCAGUACAGCUGGGGUGCUACUGUUCUGGCGUAUCUGUAUAGGAGCAUGUGCCGGGCGAGCAUAGGUCCAACAGUUGAUAUAUGUGGUUUUCUGCCCCUCCUACAGCUUUGGGCCUGGCAGCGGAUCAUGCCGUUGCAGCCACCUCUACCACCACUUCCGCCCGGUGAGGAUUAUCGGCUUCUCCCUCUAGCUAUCAGUUCAUCUGGACGCCAUACAGCAUCGAGUUGCUUGGUCAGCUACCCGCUUGUUGCUCAGUCGACCGGCUGA